UGCUUAUAAAGCCGACAAUGGUCUUACGCACAACCUUCUAUCCCCUCUGACAGUGGCAACUUGCAUUAAAGCCACUCUUCUUUCAUCUUUCGUCUUUGUAUUUUCAUCCUUCGACCUCAGACCUCAGAGCUGAGAUCUCCUCCUCCUUCUGUGUAAAUGGGCUCUUCUAUGGCCCGCCUUUGGUUCUGCCUCGCGGCUCUUCUUCUCCUUCUUCUACCAUGUCCCACCGUUAUCGCCAAACAAACCUAUAUAGUCCAUAUGAAACACAAUGAUAAGCCCUUAUCCUACGCCACCCACCAUGACUGGUACUCUGCCCAACUCCAAUCGCUCUCCUCCUCCACUUCAGAUUCCAUCCUCUACUCCUACACCACCGCCUUCCAUGGCUUCGCUGCCUCUUUGGAUCCCGAGGAAGCCGAGUCGCUCCGUCAGUCCGAUUCUGUUCUGGAUGUAUACGAAGAGAGAGUCUAUACCCUCCACACCACUCGCACCCCGGAGUUCCUUGGCCUGGACAGAGACACUGGCCUCUGGGAAGGCCACAAUAAUGUGGAUCUUAGCCUAGCCACUCAUGACGUUGUCAUUGGUGUUCUUGACACCGGGGUUUGGCCCGAAUCUAAGAGCUUCAAUGACUAUGGAAUGCCUGAAAUCCCUGCUAGAUGGCGUGGCGAGUGCGAGAAGGGCACAGAUUUUAGCCCAUCUCUCUGUAACAAGAAGCUCAUUGGGGCUCGAAGCUUCUCCAAGGGAUUCCACAUGGCCUCCGGUGGCAGCUUUCUGAGGAAGCCCAAGGAGGUUGUGUCACCCAGGGACCAAGACGGCCACGGCACUCACACCGCCAGUACGGCCGCUGGUUCCAGCGUGGCCAACGCUAGUCUACUCGGCUACGCCAGCGGCACGGCCCGCGGUAUGGCCACCCACGCGCGGGUUGCCGUUUACAAGGUUUGCUGGAGCACCGGGUGUUUCGGGGCCGACAUUUUGGCCGCUUUGGAUAGGGCCAUAUUGGAUGGAGUCAAUGUCCUCUCGCUGUCUCUUGGAGGUGGGUCCGCACCGUAUUACCGUGACACCAUCGCCAUUGGAGCUUUCUCGGCCAUCCAGAGGGGCAUUUUCGUCUCUUGCUCGGCCGGGAAUAGUGGACCCAGUAAGGCCUCACUCGCCAAUGUGGCGCCGUGGAUCAUGACGGUUGGAGCCGGGACUUUGGACCGUGAUUUCCCGGCCUAUACUCUGCUUGGAAAUAAAAAGCGGUUCAAUGGUGUCUCACUGUACAGUGGACCGGGAAUGGGCGACAAACCGGUCGGGUUAAUUUAUAAGAACCGCAAUAGCAGCUCGAGCAACAUGUGCCUGCCCGGGUCGCUUGAACCGGGCGAGGUACGUGGGAAGGUGGUGAUAUGCGACAGAGGGAUCAAUGCACGUGUCGAGAAAGGUGCUGUGGUACGCGACGCCGGUGGGAUCGGGAUGAUACUAGCCAACACCGCCGCCAGCGGUGAGGAAUUGGUGGCUGACAGUCAUUUGUUGCCGGCGGUGGCCGUGGGGAGGAGGUUCGGUGACUUGAUAAGGCAAUACGCGCUGUCCGAUCCAAAUCCGUCUGCUAUACUGAGCUUCGGUGGGACGGUGUUGAAUGUACGGCCGUCUCCUGUUGUGGCGGCGUUCAGUUCGAGGGGACCCAAUCUGGUGACUCCCCAGAUCUUGAAGCCGGAUGUGAUUGGGCCCGGUGUUAACAUUUUGGCCGCGUGGUCAGAGGCUAUCGGACCCACUGGAUUGGAGAAGGACACUCGGCAGACCCAAUUCAACAUCAUGUCAGGUACAUCAAUGUCUUGCCCACAUAUCAGCGGCCUAGCUGCAUUGCUGAAAUCAGCCCACCCAGACUGGAGUCCAAGUGCUAUCAAAUCCGCGCUCAUGACCACUGCCUAUACACAAGACAACACCAAAUCGCCUCUCCGCGACGCAGCCGGAGGUGGGUUUUCCAACCCAUGGGCACACGGAUCGGGUCAUGUGGAUCCCCAGAAGGCCCUAUCUCCGGGCCUUGUGUACGACACCUCCACCGAAGAGUACAUUGCGUUCUUGUGCUCCUUGGACUACUCCAUUGAGCGUGUCAAAAGCAUUGUGAAGCGCCCCAACGUUACAUGCUCCAGGAGGUAUUCGGAUCCUGGAGCACUCAACUACCCAUCCUUCUCUGUCGUUUUUGGGAGGAAGAGGGUCGUACGUUACACUCGGGAGUUGACCAAUGUAGGUGCCGCGGGAUCAGUUUAUCAAGUAGCUGUGAGUGCACCAUCAACGGUGAAGGUGUUGGUGAAGCCCACAAGACUUUUGUUUAAGAAUGUAGGGGACAAACAGAGGUAUACAGUGACCUUUUCGGCUAUUCAGAACGCCAAUCGAUUGACUGGGUGGUUCGGGUCGAUUGAGUGGAGCAACGCCCAACACCAAGUCAAGAGCCCAGUGGCUUUUUCAUGGAUGUAGCCGUGAGAUAUUGCAUUGAUGGGUUUGGUUAACUGUUUUGAUUUCGGGUUUUUUCUUUUUAAGUGUGAGGAUUGGGCCUUGGUCAGGGAAAGGGAUGAUCCACACCUUAAAUACGGUGGCCCAAAUCUCUGAUCACUCAAACCGAAGUUUGGUUUUAAUUGCAAGGGUCGAGGGGGAAAAAAACGAAAUUGCAUUUCUUUUUAGUAGCAAAGCUAAUGCGAAAGGGAAAGAAACUAAUGUAACAUAAUGGACUUACUAGUGUUCUAUGCAAGUUAUGGCAAUACAUUUCCA